AUGGAUAUGAUAUACAAUGUAGAAAAUAUAGACGACUUCAGUGAUAAUUUUCACGUGACGAUGGGAUCGUUCCUCACAACCAUCAAGGUCUCCGUUAUGUUGAUGUAUCGCGAAAGCUUCGUACGUUUGCGCGACACUCUACAGAAAGAACCACUUUUGCCAAUGAACCGACAAGAAUUCGAAAUUUUGUUGAGAUUCGACAAAGUUACCGACUGGAACACACUUGGUUAUAUGACGAUACUCAUGACUAGUAAUUUUUAUCUAUUUAUGGAAUCGCUUCUGACGUAUAAGAAAAGACAACUAACAUAUCGAACAUGGGUACCAUACGACUAUUCGUCUGCAUCUGCAUUUCUGCUUACUUUGCUUUAUCAGUCGUUAUUCACGACGAUAUGCUCCUUUGGAUGCGUCGCUACUGAUUCUCUGUACAGUGGCCUACUAAUUCAUAUUACCUGCCAAUUCGAAAUACUAGAGCAUCGUCUAAAGAACAUUGAAUCGAACCAGAAUUACUCAGUGAAGCUGUGUGUUCGUCAUCACAAUCAAAUAUACAAGUCAGUUUGCCGAUUUAUUUCUCUUUUGAUAACUUCGCAGAGAAAUAAAAUAUACAGUAUCUACAAGCUUUCUACGAUAGAUCCAUUCUCUAUGAACUCCGUCUGGAAAAGCUUCUAUUUAUGCUGUAUGCUUAUGCAGGUAUAUUUAUACUGUUGGUUUGGGAAAGAGAUGACGUUGAAAGUUGCCACUGCUUUUCGUUUCUAUUCGAUCGCUACAUGUAUUUUCGAGUACAAUAGCACGGAAUAGUAGAAACGACGAUUUUAUUUGAGAUUUUUACUCUGUGUCUAAUGAUAAUAUUAUGGUACGGUGAUUAAUUAAUGUCGCGAGAAGGACAAGAACAGAGUGAUUUUUUCUCAUUUCUUGCGCUCUCGUGUAGAAUGAAUUUAAUGUUACAAAUAAAAU